AUGCAAGCUGAAAAUGACCAUUAAUAAGAGAGCUCAAAUAACAUUAAUCAUCUUCUAUUCCAAUUAUCGUUUCAGUUAAUCAGGAAUAGAAGAAAAAUUUAUGAUGACAAUGAUUUUAGGGAGGUUGUCAAAAAUUUCUACAAUUUGAUCUCAGAAAUAAAUAAAGGCUAAGAAUCUGUUUAGCCACUAACGGUUAAGAAAAUAACAAAAGCUGCCUUACGUAAAUAGCCUCAAUAAUUGAAAUAAAGAAAUGCAAAUAAAAACAAGUAACCCACUAAGGAACUUCCUUAGUCCAAAAGAGAAGUCAAUCUCAAACCUGAUUAACAGGCUUAAUAAUACUUCAAUUCUUGUUUCAGUCAAUAAAUAAUGAGUCAGCUAUUGCCUAAAUUGGAUUAACCUUAUAGUAAAUAAGUUCCUUUCCUAUACGAUAAACCUAAGCCUCAUCUGAAUUUCAAACGAAAUCAAAUUCACAUCCAAGCUGCUUAUUAAAUAUAUAUUAAGGAAUUCGGUUCCGGAUUCGUGGAAAGUCAAGAUCCCACUUCAUUUGCAAGAAAAGUUAUGAAUUCCAAUUUUAAUUCUAAAACCCAAAACUAAGAAGAGGAAAAGGAGAGUGACAGAUCAGAUAAAUAAAAUAAAUCUCAUGAGGAUGGCAAAAAGAAAGCCUUAAAAGAAUUAGUUCGAGAAUUUUAGAGUGAUUGA